AUGAGGAGAACAAGCUCUCCGAUCCUUUUCAUCGUAGCCAUUACAAUUUCUUCUCUGGGCAUUUUAAACCAAGCCACGAAUGUCACCCUCCAAGGAUCAUCAUCAAAAAACUGUUCAUAUUCAAUUGAGAUUGAAACAACUUGUGCUCCAUCUGCUGAAACUAAAGAUCACAUCAGUGUCAGGUUCAGUGAUUCUGCAGGGAACUUGAUCAUAGUGAAGCAUCUAAAGAAUCCCAAGCUGUUAUAUGCUCCAAAGGGUUUUAAGAAACAAGGUGGUGCGUAUGGAGGAUUUGAAAGAUGUGCCAUAGACUUGUUUGAGGCAAGUGGAACGUGCAUGAAGCAAAGUGUGUGCUCAUUGUACCUUAAGAAAGUUGGUACUGAUGAUUGGAGACCAGGAUGGGUCAAGGUGCUUCAUCAAGAAAGCAGCGGUGCUUUAGUACCAGUUUCUUAUGUGUUCUAUUUUAGAACAUUUGUGCCUGAAAAUGUCUGGUAUGGCUUGGAUUAUUGUCAUUCUAAAGAAGGUUUUAUGCCUCACUUUGCAACCUUUGAAACCUAA